UCCAAUGUGGGAAGGCCGAAGUCAGCCUCGCCUGGCGCGCAACAGGUGGGAGCAAUUCGGAGUGGCCCCCGCGGAAUGACAGCGUGGAGCGUUGAAAGGGGGUGACGUCUCGAAAAACUGGCAGCGGGGGAAGGUGAAGGACCGAAGGAGAAGGUGGAACCCGCUUCUGUGGGCGCACGUGCGCGCGCGCGCGCGCUCGCUCGCUUAUCUGGCCUGGCCACACACACCCACCGGUACACGUCAGACCCAACAGGGGAAUUGCCGAAAAGAACUGUGCCUUGUCGGUCAAUUGCAUUGGCGGGAUGAUCGACUCGCUGAUUGACUCGUUGAUUGACUGAUCGAUUGAGCGGUUGAUCGGUAGCGCGAGUGCUUUUGGUUGGCGCGUGAGUGCGGAAAUCGGUUCGGUUGGGUUCGGUUCGCGCUCGGCCUUGCGCCAUGGCGAUGCUUCAGAAAACGGCGGGCGCGGUCGCCAAGGCGGCGGCGGUGGCGCCCACGUCGGCGGCGGUGACGCCCGCGGCGGCUGAUUACGUCAUUUCCAAGGUGGAUGCCCUGAUGAACUGGGCGCGGAAGGGAUCUAUAUGGCCGAUGACGUUCGGGCUGGCGUGUUGUGCGGUAGAGAUGAUGCAUGCGGGAGCGGCGCGCUAUGAUUUGGAUCGAUUCGGUAUCAUUUUCCGCCCUAGCCCGCGGCAGUCGGACGUGAUGAUCGUGGCUGGCACGCUGACUAACAAGAUGGCGCCCGCUCUGCGCAAGGUCUACGAUCAGAUGCCCGAGCCCAGAUGGGUCGUCUCGAUGGGAAGCUGCGCUAAUGGAGGAGGGUAUUACCACUACUCCUACUCUGUCGUCAGGGGUUGUGAUCGAAUCGUGCCUGUCGACAUCUAUGUACCCGGAUGCCCGCCCACUGCCGAGGCGUUGUUGUACGGUCUCCUUCAGUUGCAGAAGAAGAUUCAUCGCCAAAAGAGUUUCCGAACUUUCUGGCAGAAAUAAGGGAUUCAAAAAUACAGUCACCUCGUACGGUUGUCAUCUUUACUGUUUAACGCUCCGCUCCUCCCCUUCCCCUUCUUUCUCCUCCUCCUCCUCCUCCUCUUCCUCCUCCCUCCUCUGUCGCCUCCUCCUCCUACCUUUGCUGCUCUUACAUGUUGUUCAGGAGAUGCUCGCUGGGUCCUGCCAAGGAGAACACCUGCUGUCACUCGCUUGUUUCGCUCGCUGAUUAGUAAUUGUCAAUCAGCACAUGGUCUCUUUUCGUCGUCAUCGCUCGCCUGUUGCGCUCUCUCUCUCUCUCUCUCUCUCUCUCUCUUUUUCUCUCCCUCUCUUUCUCUCCCUCUCUCUCUUUCUCUCUCCCCCCCGCCCUCCAUUUACUAGACGAUCAAUGAUCUCAACAAUCGAAACGGACUAUCGCCACCACUGUAGUAUUCUAAUUAGCAGCUACAGGGUAUAAUCAUCCUUCUUCUUCUUCUUCUUCUUCUUCUUCUUCUUCUUCUUUCCUGCUGCGGUCGGAUUUUUCAACUUCUUGGUCGUCAUGGUGAUCCUCGCUCUUGUCGCCAUUUCUCUCCUUUUGCAUUGUCCGUCGUCCUGCGUGUGUUGAGCAGAUACUUGCUCAGCAAAGCAGUCGGUUGCGUCCUUGCUCUCACCCAGCUGGAAGUCGAAAGCGAAUGCGAAGGCGACCUUGGCCUCUGCCUCUCCCAAGUCUGUGCUGGUGUAACUCAUUUCCCCUGAGCUCCUGCUCCAAGAGAGAGGUAGGGAGCGCACGUGAAAGGGAGAGGAGGGAGAAAAAUGGGACUUCAAACAGACGGGGAGGGGUAUGGACUUCAGACAGACGGGGAGGGGUAUGGCCGACGGGCCCGUGAACACACGGUUCGUCUCAACGUCUAUAUAAUGGGGAAAGGGGUGUGUUGUUGGUCGUACGCGUGGCCUGUGUUUGUUUAGAGCAUCUUUGUGCGCAUUGCGCAUUGGUAGAAGACCCUGUUCGUAUCCUUGGAAUUUGAUACGCCGCAACUUCAUGCUUGGUUGUUCCCAGGACUUGGCACUACGGUGGUAUUGCCUUUUCCGGAAAAAGACGACUUUCCUCUACUUUCCUCGACUUUCCUCGAAAGGAAAAGUAAAAAGGAUCAGCGAGUGUGUUAACUUUGACUGUAUGAUUGGCCGAAAACAAAUUCCGAAAUCUGUAUUAGUUUGUGUAUGUAUCAGAAGACAACUUCCGAAAUCUGUAUUAAUUUUUUGAACUUCUUUUGUAUGUGCAUUGAGCAACUGGGUUUGAAGAAGUUGUCACCGGAUAUGAUACUCGACUCUUCUUUGUCUUUUUUGAGCAACGAGCGCCAGAGGGGGGAAGGCAUGGGGGCAGAAGGGCCGUAGUAUUUCUGUAUAUUCUAAAGGUGGGAAGGAUCCGGCAUCCACUUGGAGGUAGUCGAAAUCUAUAAGCGACAUGAGACAGGGAUCACGCGCUUCAGGCACAUCAAACCUUUGUCAUAUAUUUUUGGCUUGUCUUUUUUUUUGUUUUCUGUAAUUAGGCAGCUGAUGUAUAAUACACAAUUGAACGUU